UCAGGCAUUAAAAUUCAUCAAAGGAUCCACACAGGAGAGAAACAUUAUAGCUGUGAUCAAUGUGGGAAGAGUUUUACUACAUUUGACUCUCUGACAGUACACCAGAAAAUACACACAGGAGAGAAAUCUUAUAGCUGUGUUCAAUGUGGGAUGAGUUUUAAAGCAUCUAGCAAUCUGACUACACACCAGAGAACACACACAGGAGAGAAACCUUAUAGCUGUGAUCAAUGUGGGAAGAGUUUUACUACAUUUGACUCUCUGACAGUACACCAGAAAAUACACACAGGAGAGAAACCUUAUAGCUGUGUUCAAUGUGGGAAGAGUUUUACUGCAUCUAGCAAUCUGACUACACACCAGAGAACACACACAGGAGAGAAACCUUAUAGCUGUGAUCAAUGUGGGAAGAGUUUUACUACAUCUAGCUAUCUGACAGUACACCAGAGACUACACACAGGAGAGAAACCUUAUAGCUGUGUUCAAUGUGGGAAGAGUUUUACUGCAUCUAGCAAUCUGACUACACACCAGAGAACACACACAGGAGAGAAUCCUUAUAGCUGUGAUCAAUGUGGGAAGAGUUUUGUUACAUCUAGCUAUCUGACUAUACACCAGAGAACACACUCAGGAGAGAAACUAUAUAUAUGUGAUGAAUGUGGGAAGAGUUUUACUACUUCUGGCCAUCUGACAGUGCACCAGAGAACACACACAGGAGAGAAAUCAUAUAGCUGUGAUCAAUGUGGGAAGAGUUUUUGUCAAUCUGGUGAUCUGACAGUGCACCAGAGAACACACACAGGAGAGAAACCGUAUAGCUGUGAUCAAUGUGGGAAGAGUUUUACUACAUCUGGCUCUCUGACUUUACACCAGAGAACACACACAGGAGAGAAACCUUAUAGCUGUGGUCAAUGUGGGAAGAGUUUUUGUCAAUCUAGUAAACUGACAGUGCACCAGAGAACACACACAGGAGAGAAACCGUAUAGCUGUAAUCAAUGUGGGAAGAGUUUUGUUACAUCUAGCUAUCUGACUAUACACCAGAGAACACACACAGGAGAGAAACCUUAUAGCUGUAAUCAAUGUGUGAAGAGUUUUGUUACAUCUGGGCAGCUGAAUGCUCCUGUGUAG